AUGCCCCGGCGCGGACCCACCGCGCCGUCCCUCUCCCUCACCGCCGCGCUCCGCACACCACCGACAGGCAUCGCUAUAUUUAUUGGCGACGCUCAUAAGUACGCGGGUCAGAUGACCGCACGGUUUUAUAAUGCGAUGGCAACGUCGUCCGGCGACUUGCCCCUCCCCCGCGCGGCCUCCCUUCAACCCCCGCACGCUCCCUUGACCAUCGACCGACAAUUG